AUGUCAAGAGAUCCUUGGAGGAAUAAUUCCCAUGAUAUUUCAGCUUUGCCAGCUUCACCAGCAGCCCGGCCCGUCUUCCUCGCCGUUUGCGACACUUCCUCCUGGGAGGUAGCCAAGGUAGCCCUGGGUCUCGAUGGGUGGCCUGUAUCCCGAACAGGGAUGCUGAAGAAUCCUAGUGGUCAUAUGAUGAGAAGUUUGCUGGAGAUCCAGACCACAGACUUGCCUAACUUCCAGGAGAUGCAGGAUCCCCUGACAGAUUGCACCCCGCUCAUCGACGCAGCUUGUUCUGGGAAGCUCCGUCUGGUGCGCCUGCUGGUGGAAGGUGGAGCUCAGGUGAAUGGCAGCAACCUCAGCGGGGAGACGGCUCUCCUGGCUGCCUGUAAAGCCCUGAGAGGGGAGCCUGCUGGGCCUGAGACUGCAGAUCCAAAUGCACAAGACCACACGGGCCGUACUGCUCUGAUGUACGCCUGUAGGCAACGGGCAGGAGUCCAGGUGGCUCAGACUCUCCUGGCUGCAGGAGCUGAUCCCUGCAUGGAGGACCGCUCUGGAGCCUCGGCGUUGGUCUACGCCAUCAACGRACAGCACCAGCCCACAGUCCAGCUCUUAAUGGAUGCCUGCCGAGCCAGGGGUCGUGACGUCAUCAUCAUCACCAUGGAGAAGGGCACAAAUGGAAAACCAGUGACCAGGCGUUACCUGAACGUUCCCCCGUCCCUGGAGUCCUCGCCGGUGUCUUGCAUGUCCCCGUCUGAGAUCGUCCUGAAGACGAGCUCCCCGAACUCAACGGAGGGAGAAAACAUCUUCAACUUUAGAGGAACAAACAAACAUGGAAGUGGCAGCAGCAGCAGACGUUCGUCCUGUGAGCUGAGCUCACUGAGUCCAUGUGGCUCUCCGACCUCCAGACCCAGGGUUUUGUCUGAACCGUGGCUAGCCAUUCAGAACCUGGCUUCUCUGAACAGAGCGUACGAGGAGGGCGUGAGGGAGAAGAGACUGAAGGAGGGUGGAGGUGUGCAGGGUUUGAGGAGGGGCAGGGAGAAAGAGGACGAUGGGCUGGGGAGCGAUGGAAGUGAGGUUCAAAGGGAAGAUCAGUCAGUGGGGUGUUCCACACCAGGAGGGUCAGCUUUAGACAAGAAGUGUCCUCCACCCUCUGCCUCCCAGCUCCGCAGGAACACCCUCCCCUUCAUCACACUGGUCCCACCUCCACUUCACCUCCCUGCCUUAACGAACCAAUCAGACGCUGACCUGCAGGUGCCGAGCCACGCCUCAACUUCCACCCGCAAGACCAUAGUGUUCCAGCCUCACCCACCAUGCUCCUCUCUCAGACCAGCGUCACUCCCACCGCUGGCCUCCUCUGCCACCUCCCUGGUUGCUCCUCCUGCCUGCUUUCACGGCGACAGGAGCAGGAGGUCACUGCGGCGUCACUCAGUGCAGCUGGAACAAAUCAGAGGAGCUCAUUCAGACUUCUGA